AUGCCCCGGAACGUUUGCUGUGUUCCUGGAUGCCCGAAUAGAUCAGAAGACGAGAUGCUGAAAGGUUUCAAAAAUGGAGUCUGUAGACAACACUUUAAGGAAGCAUUUCUGUAUCCUAAAAACAGACUUUGUAAAUUAGCUGUUCCAUCCUUGCUUUUACCUAUUGAAGGAAUAUCAGCAUCAAGUGCAGACCAGUUGCUCCCAGACCAACCAUCUACAUCUCACAAUGUCACAUUGUGUCUUUCUAAUAAAGAAAGACAGAAACCUAUCCGAAAAACUGUAAAAAACAGGCCACAUACUUCAGAAACAUACUUGAAAAAAAAAAUUAAUGAAAAUAAAGUGAAAAAGCUGCAGUUCAGGCUUCAACAAUGUCUGAAAGGAAAACAAAAAUUUUAUAAAAGAUAUCUGUUAGCAAAAAAGGUAUUUAGCAAGUCUGUUAGUGUGGCACUUGGAUUUUUAGAAGAAUCUGGGACCUUGCCAAAGGAGAGCGCAGACACUGCACGUCUAUUAAUGCUGUUUGACCAAUUAUUUGACUCAGUAAAUGCGAACUUCCACAAAGAAGAAGGGAAUAUUUAUAGAUCUGCAGUGACACAAAACUCCCCACAUCUGAAGUUGUGGAACUCUGUACUGCCUAUUCUUAAAUCAAUGAGAUUUUUAAAUAAAGAUGAAAAAGAAAUAAUUGUGCCAUCUCUCACCAGCUGGGUUAAAACAAUUGAAGGAUUUAAACUUAUUAUAAAGUGGAUUGCAAUCGUACGCAAUCAAAGAAAAGAAUCUGAUUGGACGCCAUCUAUAAGCAGUAGAAUUUGCAGUAAUCACUUCAAAGCUACUGAUAUGUACACUUCAACCAAAGGACGAACACUACUAAAAAAGAUUGCGCUUCCUGUUAAACCGGAAAUCUUAAAUCACAAUAUGCCGAGCUCCCCGACAAGGCUCGACAACGUCAGUACAUCGGACAUGGAAGAAAUUUUUGAAACACCACCAAAAGCCGCAUUGAAGAGAUGCAUACGUCAAUUAGAGUAUAAACAAAAGUUGCAGAAAAAAAAUAAAGUACUUGCUCAGAAAAAUAGAAGACUGAAAAAAAAAGUCGCUAGCAUAGCUGCGCAGCUAAAAGAAAUAAAGAAAAGGGACUAUAUUAUUGCAAAGGGCCAGAUUUGUCAACUAAAUUUAAAGAACGAAGUCCUAAAUUUAGUAGUAGAAUAUAGC